AUGGAGAGCGAGAGAGAAAAAAGUCUGUCGAGUGAGGAAAACGACCUACUUCAGCAGUCGAAUAGAAAAUUUAAAAGAAACUUUCACGAAAAAUUGAAUGAAGACAAUUCCAUUCAAGGAAAUGGUGAGAAUGAAGUGGAUCUAGUAACAGAUGAUGAUACUCCUAUUGAAGAAGAUUCUGAUGAAGAGGGUUGCCCUACCAUCUACUUGACCAAAGAAGAAAAGCGCAGGCUUAGAAGGCCCUGGAAAGAUGCUCUCAUUAUCAAGCUUUUUGAUAAGAGGCUAAGCUAUGAGGUGUUGGACUAUGAGUAUGUCCUAACAAAGGGCCCUUGGAUGAUUGGUGAUAGUUAUUUAACUAUCCGGAAAUGGAAACCAAAUGUUAUAUUUGAUGAGGAGCCUAUCAAGAAGCUUACGGCUUGGGUUCGUAUCCCACAACUCUCAGUUGAAUACUUCGACAAACAAUUCUUAUUCAAAAUUGGCUCAAAGAUAGGUAAAGUUAUUAAAAUAGACAGGAAUACAGAGUCAAAAUAUUGUGGGCAAUAUGUGCGAUUUUGCAUUGAAGUUAAUCUCACCAAGCCACUGUUGUCCAAGUUUAGAUUGAAUUGGAGAGGGUAUGGCGUAUCCAGUACGAAGGGCUCAAAAUGA